AUGCGAUUCCCUUCUUUUGCCUUCGCUGCCGUAGCCGGCCUAUGGCAGCAGCCUCUCGCUCCCGAAGAAGAGACAGUCACCAGCACUCGCCAUAUUCAUAUCACCAGAACCGUCACGAACGCCGCCAGUACCAUCUAUGCAGUUCGUAUGGGAACAUCAACCGUAUACAUGGAACACCUCCCUGCCACAUUGAUCACGAAAUCGGUUCCUUGGCAAGCACUACAAACCGGUCACCUCGAGUUGCGCUCAGAGGGAGAGUCAACUAGCACGAUGCACAUCAAGGUCACACAGACUGUGGCACAAGUCCAAGCUACAGUGUUUGCCAGCAAAGUCGGAACGUCGGUGUCAACCAUCACGAAUGUUCCCCAGUCUCUUAUGGACGAAGCUGCCGAGGAUGCUGCUGAAUUGUCAUCGUCGCAGUUGGCAGCAGCCAUCUCGUUUGCAAAAUCGGAAGCAUUGGCACAUUCGACUGUCGCAGUGCUAGCGAGCACCACUUCGUCUACUGUUGAGCUCUCAUCUACCUCGGCAUCAUCGACUCAGCCCGAAGUGGCUCCUUCGCCCAACUACACGAAUUCGAGCCAUUCACCCACAUUAGUGGAAGUCUCUGUUGCUAAGCCUAGUCCCAGCAGUAUCAGUACUGGUACUAGUACGAUUCUUCCGAUCGGCCUUGAGCUCCGCUCUAAUGCAGGCGUGGCGACCAAUACCCAACUCACAUCUACUGAAGCACCAGCUACUGUCGUCGCCGUUAUCUAUGGCUCUUCAACUUCAAUCAUGACAUCUGUACCCUCAACAUUGCUCGCCGCGAUUGUUUCAUCCCAAGCGACUUCGAUAUCACAAACCAGCAUCUCUAGAGCGACCGUCGACGCAGUUGUUUCGACUCAAGCGACCGAGGCUAUUGCUCCUGUGGAUACCAACGCCGCGCAGGUCAAAAGCACACAAACCGCGCUGAUCCAAGCUUCGACCUACAGCGAUGAAGCAGCGGCAACAAGCUCAGACAUUGGAGCUUCUUCGACAACAGAAAAAGGACUGUUCCCAUCAUCGUCGAAAAUGUCAAGUACGACAUCCACAUCUAGCUCUGCAUUCGUGACUAGUAACAAAGUCUACACUAUUCCCAUUACUACCAGCCAGACUUCAAGCUCCUCUAGUCAUAGCACCUCUGUAUCAUCAAUUGUCGAGACUUCCGCCGCGGCGUCCUUUCCUUCAGCCUGCGGAUCACAAAGCAGUGCCUCAGCAGCAGCAGAUGUUGCAGCGGACAACGCAGCCGGCGCCUCAGGAGGCGACUCGGGAAGCUUCAAACUCAGCAAAGGAGGUUUCGCAGCAAUCAUCAGCGUCGUCUCCAUCGGCGUGGGCCUAGGCAUAAUCUUCCUCGUCCUCUUCGUCGUAGCAAAACGCCGCCAAUGGAACGUCCGCAAAUCCAUCGCUCGCGCUUCCCGCCGCCUGACCGGCCGCUUCUCUUCUCAUCCGAACAAAUCAGCUCUCAAGUCAGAAAAAGAACCUACCCUCCCCAUCAUCGAACCCCGUCAACCGCUCGGUCCUCGUCCUGCGCCAUCUUCUCGUAGAGCACAACAAGGUUUUGCAAACAUUGACGCUACACUGCACACAAACUAUCGCGGCGUGGAGACGGUAGGCAGAAGUGCCAGCCGCGGCCCAGAGGUUUGGAGAAGAGAGAUGGCGAAGGAAAGGCAACAGCAACAACAGCAGAGAAGUCAAAGCCAGAGGAGAAAGCCGGAGUUGAGAGUUGAUACCGGCGUUGCUGCCAGGGGGUUGGAGGAGGGAAGAGUGCAGGAGCAGAAGAAGAGGUCGAGAGGGGAUUGGAGAGAUCUGUUUAGAGCGUUGUAG